GUUUUGUAGUAUUUAAAGACAAGAUUUAUCUUAUCUGUGGGUACAGUUAUUCCGUUGUUCCGGCCGGCGCUCAUUUGUCAUUUUCACGCCGUUGUUCGUGGUACAUUCGGUUCAUUUUCUGCGACCUCUGUUUCUUUCAUCUUCAACAAGAUGCCGCUGCAGCUGACGAAGCCCGCGCCGCAGUUCAAGACGACCGCCGUCGUCAACGGCGAGUUCAAGGACAUCGCGCUCUCCGACUACAAGGGGAAAUAUGUCGUGCUGUUCUUUUAUCCGCUCGACUUCACGUUCGUGUGCCCGACGGAGAUCAUCGCGUUCUCGGAGCGCGGCGACGACUUCCGCCGGCUGGGCUGCGAGGUGCUCGCCGCCUCCACCGACUCGCACUUCUCGCACCUCGCCUGGGUCAACACGCCGCGCAAGCAGGGCGGGCUGGGCCCCAUGAACAUCCCCAUCCUGAGCGACAAGUCGCAGCGCAUCGCGCGCGACUACGGCGUGCUGGACGAGGAGACGGGCGUGCCGUUCCGCGGCCUCUUCAUCAUCGACGGCAAGCAGAACCUGCGCCAGAUCACCGUCAACGACCUGCCAGUGGGCCGAUCCGUUGAUGAGACCCUCCGUCUCGUCCAAGCUUUCCAGUUCACCGACAAGCACGGUGAAGUCUGCCCGGUCAACUGGACCCCCGGCUCCAAGACCAUCAAACCAGACACCAAGGCCGCUAAGGAAUACUUCGUAGAUGCCAAUUAAUUCAUUAUCAAGCAUUAGAUGUGGUCGAUGUAUUAUAUAUUCACUUUGUAUAAAGUAUAAAAUGAUAUCUUUUGGCAUAUAUACAAGAUUUCCGUGAUUAUGUUUAUAAAAUUACAUGUUUCUGAGCUCGGUCAACAUGGAUAUUGUUAUCAUUGUAUAGUAAAUUAUGAUGUUAUAUUCGUAAAUCAUAAAUGCUUAAAUUGCACAACUAAGAUUUUGGUGUGAAUGGAUUUAGCUAUUGAGUCCUUUAUUUUACCAUUCCGUCAAACGGAUAAAAUAUCAGAUACCGUACAAAUGGCCUUUACAAGCAUCAUACACACACUAUGCCAACUAUAUGACUCCAGGGUAGGUACGUGCACAGUGCGUACAAGCCCUGCAUGUUGAUAAUCGAGUUUUGUAAACUUUCGACCGCAUCUAAUAGUUGAAUUUAAUGUUUUAAUAUAUCCCUGUGAUACGUUAGCUCGUACAGACAAUAUCUUGAAUUGUUUUGCUUAUUUUAAGUUGUGAUGCAGUUUUCCGUUCGGUAUGCGAAUCUCAGUUAUGCGUACUGAAAUAUUGUUGGAAGUUAUUUAAUACAUUUUACAAGAACUUAUCAGUAUUGGACAGAGAUCCUACGAAUUGUAAUAUUUAUCGAGGCUGUAAUUAAAUGCUGUCAAGUAAA